AUGGCAAUCUAUGAGACUAUCCUCGAACGUGAUGUCGUGAUACUUGGUGGGGGGGCCACAGGGUCGUUCGCUGCCAUCGCCCUGAAAGACCUUGGCAAGUCAGUCGUCGUCGUCGAGAAGCGUGAUCAGCUUGGUGGGCACACGAACACAUAUGCCGAUUCCGCCACCGGGAAAGCUGUGAAUUUCGGCGUACAGAUCUACCACAAUACAUCCGUCGUCCGCCGAUUCCAUCAGCGGCUAGGCAUUACAGUUGCACCACUUCCAAGACCAACAAUCAAGCCCCUCUAUGUCGACUUCUCCAAGCCGGUUAUUGUCGACAAUUAUACAGUCUCAAUGGUCGGGCCAGACUAUACCGACCAGCUCCGGAAAUACCCCUAUCUCGAGGAUGGCUUCCAUCUGCCCGAUGAUGUCCCCGAGGAUCUACUCCUGCCCUGGUCCGAGUAUGCCACCAAGUACAACAUCGACCAGUCGCAACACGCCAUUUUCCAAGCUCCCGGAUCUCCCGGCGAUCCUUCAAAGAGGCUCGCGGUUUAUGUCUUCAACUUUGUCAACAGUCUGGUCCUCAGCGCAAUGAAGGGUGACAUUGUACGUAACGUCAAUGGCGACAACAGCGAGCUAUUCCGGAACGCACAUGCGGAAAUCGGUACUGAGAAUGUCCUCCUCGGCUCCAAUGUCACUUCAGCAACACGCUCCCCGUCUGGUAUCAAGCUCGUUGUAUCGACCGCAGAGGGUGAACAGACGAUCCACGCAAAGCAGUUGAUAGUUGCCGCACCUCCGCAAGCAAGCAACCUGGAGCCUCUCGGCCUUGACUCGCGUGAGCAGAAAAUACUGGGCCAGGUCGAAGGGUGCCCCUUCUAUACAGGCGUGAUCACUAGCACUGGUCUCCCCACCCAGUUCUCAUACUACGGCGUGGGAGCCGAUGCAUAUUACCAAGCCAUCCAGCCUCCAAGCGUGGCCUACAUCAUGCCUUCUCCUGCAGCGCCCGGCCAUUUCUUCUACGGCUAUACCUCGCUCGAGCCGCUGGGCCAGAACGAGGUUGAGGCCAGGGUCAGGAAGAGUAUUCGUGGCCUGCAGACCCUACUCGUAGCAAACGGAAGCGAUACGACUGCUGAGCCACAGUUUCGAGCUUUUGCGGAUAAUACACCCUUUCAUAUGGAGCUAUCGGCAGAAAGCAUCAGAGGCGGCUUUUACAAGGAGAUGGAUACGCUCCAGGGCUACAGAAACACCUGGUACAUUGGGGCACUGUCCGCAAUCACCUCUAGCCUGCUUUGGAGCAACACCGAGGCGAUACUACCCAGGAUUAUGUCCGCUAUAGAUGGAGAGUGA